UCAUUUAGAAACGUUUCAAAUGUAAUGUAAACAAAAAUUGAUAAUAAUAACUAUAAAUCUUGAAAACUUCAUCUACAGCCGUGCUGAAAGCCUUUUGUUUGACGCCUGUGAUAAGAAUAAUCAAUACUCAAUUGUUUAUAAUAAAAAUUAAUAGAAUUAUAACAUUUGGAUUUGUAUGCAGUUUACGAAGUUACAAGUUACAACUUUACAAACCACGACCAUAGACAAUAUCUAGCGGGUAGAUACUUAGCACUAAGUGUGUAAUAUAAAGCUUAUUGCUUACCACUUACUUAUUUUGUCAUAAUUGAUUAUUUAGUGUUUAUCGGUAGCUUAUGAAGUUUAAAAAGGAAAAAUGGAAAAAUUGCAUGGUAAAAAUUCAAUUUCAAGUCUCUCUCUAAAGAUAGAUAUGUACUCAGAAGACACGUCACAAGAGUUAAAAGAGAUUAUAUCCUGUCAAAAGGAAAAAAUAGGCAAGUUAAAUACAAAAUUAGUAGAGUUUGAUGAAGUGGUUUCUGAAAGAAAUAACUUACAAAAACUAUACAAACAAUUUGAACAGAGUAACGAAGAUAGUAACAAAAAAUUUUAUAAAAAAUCGUUCAAUGAACUAUUAGGAAGAUGUGACGUUAUAUCAAAAAAGUUUAAGAAAGCUGCGGAUACAGAAUACCAAUGGGAACUCAAGUGCAGGAAACUGGAAGAUGACAAUAAUGGCUUAAACCGUCAAUUAAGAAUUCUGAAAUUUAAUGAAAACAAAUUACAAUCAGAGUUUGCAGAAAUCGAAACAACUUUGAAAUUUGUCCAAAGGGAAUUAUGUACAACUAAAUCGGAAUUAGAAGAGAAGAACAGUACAAUUAAUAAAUUAAAGACAAAGUUGAAGUGCAACGAACAGGAACUCUAUAAAGUUCGCAGUGAUGUCGAAGGAUGUAAAAUUGAAUUCAAAAAAUUAAAUGAGACAAAUGGGACAUUGAAUGUAGAUCUAAAAUGUACAAAAAAAAGUUUAUGUGACACAAAACUAUCUGCUACUCGUAUGGAGAAACGAUUCAUGCAAGAACGAGAAAAUUUAUCAAACGAAUUGAUAAAAAGCUGUAAAAAAAUUAACGACUUGGAGAUCCGAUACGAUGAAGCUAACUGCAAAUUAAACGACGAGAAAUGUAAAUCUAAAAAAUUCGCUUCAAAAUUAAUAGAAAUGAAUAAAGUAAAUGCUAAAAGUAAUUUAGAACUAAAAAACCGAAUACAAAAAUUACAAGAAGAAAUUUGUGCAAGGAAUAAUGAUUUAUGUUCUUUGAACAAAAAAGUCACGGACUUGCAAAAAGAAAAUGAAUGUAAAUGUAUGGAAAUAAGCGCACUGAAAAAUAAAAUCUGUGAAAGAGAAGGUCAACUAAAACAAAUGUGUUUAUUAUCAGAAACAAUUGAGCAAAUCAAGUGCAAUUUUAAAGCUUGUUGUUCAAAGAAAUUUAGAUUGGAUCUGUGUAAGGUAGAUACAUAA